AUGAUAUUCCUCACGGCGCUGCCUCUGUUUUGGAUUAUGAUUUCAGCCUCCCGUGGGGGCCACUGGGGUGCCUGGAUGCCUUCGUCCAUCUCCGCCUUCGAGGGCACCUGUGUCUCCAUCCCCUGCCGCUUCGACUUCCCCGAUGAGCUGCGACCCGCCGUGGUGCACGGCGUCUGGUACUUCAACAGCCCCUACCCCAAGAACUACCCGCCGGUGGUCUUCAAGUCCCGCACCCAAGUCGUCCACGAGAGCUUCCAGGGCCGCAGCCGCCUGCUGGGGGACCUGGGCCUGCGCAAUUGCACCCUGCUCCUUAGCACCCUCAGCCCCGAGCUGGGCGGCAAGUACUACUUCCGCGGGGACCUGGGGGGCUACAACCAGUACACCUUCUCAGAGCACAGCGUGCUGGACAUCAUCAACACCCCCAACAUCGUCGUGCCCCCCGAGGUGGUGGCGGGCACGGAAGUGGAGGUGAGCUGCAUGGUGCCGGACAACUGCCCAGAGCUGCGGCCAGAGCUGAGCUGGCUGGACCACGAGGGCCUGGGGGAGCCGGCCGUGCUGGGGCGGCUGCGGGAAGACGAAGGCACCUGGGUCCAGGUGUCGCUGCUCCACUUCGUGCCCACCAGGGAGGCCAACGGCCACCGGCUGGGCUGCCAGGCCGCCUUCCCCAACACCACCCUGCAGUUCGAGGGCUACGCCAGCCUGGACGUCAAGUACCCCCCUGUGAUUGUGGAGAUGAACUCCUCGGUGGAGGCCAUCGAGGGCUCGCACGUCAGCCUGGUCUGCGGGGCGGACAGCAACCCCCUGCCGCUGCUCACCUGGAUGCGGGACGGGACGGUGCUGCGGGAGGCGGUGGCCGAGAGCCUGUACUUGGAGCUGGAGGAGGUGACGCCGGCGGAGGACGGCGUCUACGCCUGCCUGGCAGAGAACACCUACGGCCAGGACAACCGCACCGUGGAGCUCAGCGUGAUGUAUGCACCCUGGAAGCCGACAGUGAACGGGACAAUGGUGGCCGUGGAGGGGGAGACAGUCUCCAUCCUGUGCUCCACUCAGAGCAACCCAGACCCCAUCCUGACCAUCUUCAAGGAGAAGCAGAUCCUGGCCACCGUCAUCUACGAGAGCGAGCUGCAGCUGGAGCUGCCGGCGGUCACUCCCGAGGAUGAUGGCGAGUACUGGUGCGUGGCUGAGAACCAGUUCGGCCAGAGGGCCACCGCCUUCAACCUGUCCGUGGAGUUUGCCCCCGUGAUCCUCCUGGAGUCGCACUGCGCCGCGGCCCGCGACACGGUGCAGUGCCUGUGCGUGGUUAAAGCCAACCCGGAGCCGUCCGUGGCCUUCGAGCUGCCCUCGCGCAAUGUGACCGUGAACGAGACGGAGCGGGAGUUCGUGUACUCGGAGCGCAGUGGCCUCCUGCUCACCAGCAUCCUCACGCUGCGGGGGCAGGCCCAGGCCCCGCCCCGGGUCAUCUGCACCUCCAGGAACCUGUACGGCACCAAGAGCCUGGAGCUGCCUUUCCAGGGAGCCCAUCGGCUGAUGUGGGCCAAGAUCGGGCCUGUGGGAGCCGUGGUCGCCUUUGCCAUCUUAAUCGCCAUCGUCUGCUACGUCACCCAGACCCGCAGGAAGAAGAACGUGACGGAGAGCCCCAGCUUCUCAGCGGGGGACAACCCUCCCGUCCUGUUCAGCAGCGACUUCCGCAUCUCUGGGGCCCCCGAGAAGUACGAGAGCGAGAAGCGCCUGGGAGCUGAGAGGAGGCUGCUGGGCCUGCGUGGGGAGCCCCCGGAGCUGGGCCUGAGCUACUCCCACUCGGACCUGGGCAAACGGCCCACCAAGGACAGCUACACCCUGACGGAGGAGCUGGCCGAGUACGCCGAAAUCCGGGUCAAGUGA